GUGUGCAAUGCAUUGCUGUUGAAAAUGGCGUCGGGCUCGGAGGUGCCAGAAUAUUCGUCCCCAGCAAAACGGCGAAAGGUCGACGGUUACGACUAUACGUCUAUCAACAGUAUUGAACCAGAUUUCAGAGAUUGCGAGAUCGUACGCGACAGAGCGAAUGAAGAUUUUGAAGAAACAUCGGGUACAGACAGCGCAUAUGCUGAAUUAAGCGAUGAAUCCAAGUCUGCUUCCACUUCUUCAGAUGCUACAAAUUUGACAUCUUCAUCUAGAAUUGAUUCGACCAGUGACGAUACUGGAUGUCCGAUUGACACUGCAGAUGAAAAAGACGAAGUGUCAUCGACAGUAUCCAAUUUGUCAGAUUUAUCAGGUUUGUCUGAACUUUCUGGUAACGGAGAAGUUGGUAAUCAGUGGCAAAACGCCUGUUCGUGGGUGGAAAAGCAAAUGUUAAUAGGUACAGAUCCACGAGAUCUUUUACAUCACCUACUCAUGGAUUCCACACAGAUUCCAGAGCAGGUUGAUGACCUGACGCUGUGGAAGAUAAUAUUAAAUAUGAUGUGUGAACCACCACGAAGGCAAAAGUUGAGGCAUAUAAAUACGUUGUCCGACGUUGUUAGAUUAAUUCGCAAUAGUAAAAAAAUCAUAGUUCUGACGGGCGCUGGUGUGAGUGUAAGUUGCGGUAUACCUGACUUUAGAAGUAGAGAUGGUAUAUAUUCAAGACUCGCUCAAGAUUUUCCAGAUUUACCCGAUCCACAGGCUAUGUUUGAUAUCAAUUAUUUUGGUCAAGAUCCUAGGCCAUUUUACAAAUUUGCACGUGAAAUAUAUCCAGGACAGUUUAAACCUAGCCCCUGUCAUAGGUUUAUAAAAAUAUUGGACAAACAGAAGAAACUUUUACGAAAUUAUUCACAAAAUAUCGAUACUUUGGAACAAGUAGCUGGCAUUGAAAACGUGAUAGAGUGCCACGGCUCGUUUGCUACUGCUUCCUGUACAAGGUGUAAAUAUCAAGUUAAAGCGGACGACAUCAGAGAAGAUAUCUUUGCCCAAAGAAUACCUUUGUGUCCAAAAUGCAGAGUGAACGCCCUACCUUCAAUAGCCGAGACCAACUCCAAUGAAAAUUAUAGAGAUCUCGUGUCUCAAGGUAUUAUGAAACCUGACAUAGUCUUCUUUGGCGAAGGUCUUCCGGAUGCAUUUCAUGAUGCCAUGGCAAAAGAUAAGGACGAUUGUGAUCUUUUAAUUGUCAUUGGAUCAUCUCUAAAGGUUCAGCCGGUAGCAUUAAUACCAUCAUCUAUUCCAUCUCACGUCCCGCAAAUUCUCAUCAAUCGCGAAUCCCUGCCGCAUCUCAAAUUUGACGUUGAGCUAUUGGGAGAUGGAGAUAUUAUUAUAAAUCAGCUUUGUCAUUUAAUGGGUGAUAAUUACAAAGAAGUAUGUUGGCGUGAAAAAGUCCUAAAAGAAGCAUCUCAACUAUUACCAUCGCGUUGUGUACCGGACGAUACGUGGGAACAAAGUCAAGAUAUUGCCGAUCACACAAUAUUACCACAAAGUAGUACAGACGAUAUUUUAACAUCACAUAAUAUUUCUUUAGAGAGUCCAAACAAUUUAAUAAUCAAUCCAAAUCCGAUAGCUCAAUACGUCCAAAAUACAACAGAUGUAUGUGUUUCUUCGACUUUCCAAAUUACUCGUACAGAAAAUGUAGAAGAAACUUAUAGCUUAGAUGAAAGUCCAAAGCGAAGGUUAGAUAUUUCCAGUAAUGAAAAUAGUCCUAAAAGAAUGAAUCUUGGGUGCCAUUCCGUUAUAAAUUACGUUACGUGUAAGGAUGCAACAGAAACUAGUGAUCAAACGAUACAUUCUGUAGAAUCUAAGAAUCAUAUUAUAUCUGUGGAAUCAACGUCUGAACAUAAUGGCCAAAUUUAUAAUUUAGAAGAAUGCCAAGUGGCUCCAAGAUUAAUCGAAUUUCCUUCAAUCAAUACGUUAACGAACAUUACUUCAGAAACAAAUCGAUUUGACGGCAGUAGGGAAGAAAUAACAAAAUCUGAUGAAGAAUCAACAUUAAUGAAUCAUGUUGGAUACGAGAAAACUGUUUUUAAGCCACGUCAAACGUCUAUUGAUUCGGCUAUGGAUUCUGGUAUAGGCGAUAGUUGUAAUAGCGUUGAUAGUUCAGAAGAAAAAGGUGAAAUUGGAGAAACGAAAUCCAAUGAAUUAGAGAGAUAUUGCUGGCCUCCUAAAAUCAGAGAAAGUCUUGCUACUAGAUUACCAGAUAAUUCAUAUUAUCAAUUAACACCUGGAAGAUAUAUUUUUCCUGGAGCAGAAGUAUAUUCUGAUCCCGAAGAUUAUGAUAGAUAUUCUUUGUCAGCAAAUUCCGAAAGUUUUGACAGCGAUAGUGAGUCUUCAUCGGGUGACGAGGAGGAGGAGGAGGAAGAAGAGGAGGAAGAAGAAGAGGAGGAAGAAGAAGAAGGUGAGGGAGAAAGGGAGCAGGAAGAGAUACAUGACACUUGUUCCACUGAUAAUCCAACACAGAAAGUUAACAAUGAAGCCGAAGACAACAAUGUAAACUGGGCAAGUAAUUCGUAUAGUGGUAUACAAAAUUGAACAUGUACAGAAAUGUGGCAGUCAAUUUUAGUCACUGUUACUUUAAUGAAUUUUUAGCAGAAUUUGAUGAUAUCGUUGAGUAGUUAAUGUACAGUGCAAUUCUUAUCGACGUAACACAAAGCAAUGUUCGAGAUAUACGUUGUCAUACACGGAAUACACACGAAUGAAUUGUGUAGAAGUCUUCUUGCUUGGUAAUUAGAAUUAAGUUGUAUCAGGCGGUAGAGGCAAAGAAGCUUAUUUAUACGAUUCAUUAGACAUGAGAUUAACGAUACUUGACCAUAAAGUAUUACCACCGAAUACUGAAAUGUUCAGUUUUUACUCAUGGUUGUAGACUCACGACAAAAUCAAGGUUGAACUUCAAUCGAUAGUUCUGUUGAAACAUGAGUUACAUUGUAAAUGGUGUAACAUAUUUCACAAAUUCAACAUAUACAUUCAACGGUAUACAUAAUGUACAUGUUUUUCUAAUAUGUAUUACUUUGUAAUUUCAUUUUAAUGUUUUCACAAAGUUUGGUAGAUAAAAUGGUACAGAUGAAACUUUUUGCAAACAUCGAAAGUAAUCGUUUAGAUUUUUUAAAUACAGCUUCUACAAGCUGCAUCCUAUUGUGGUUUUUUCUUUAUAGAAAAUGCGAUAUAAAUUGAAUACAAAAUAACAUUCUGAAUAUAAUAAUUAUUGAAAUAAUAAUCUCAUGGAAAUGAUAAGUGUUAUAUUGUUGUAAAGUUACAGUUUCACAAAUUUGUCUAUCGAUUUUUACAAAUUGAAAGCAUUUUUCUUCCAAUGAGAAUAGAAAUCGCAUUUUUCGUGACGAUCUCCGUGUAUCGUAUUUGAUAAUAUUUCAAAUGAAAUAACGUACUUUAAAUAUUAUUACAUCGGCGCAUAGAUAUACCAAUGUAACUCGAACUCACACAAAUACGUUAUAUAUUAAGUAUCUUCUCUCUGAGAGAUACCAGUGAUUAUUCUGUAAGUAUAUUGAAAUCCUCUUUCGUAUUAUUAUUCUUAUUCUUCUCUUCUUCUUAUUAUUAUUAUUGCUAUUAAUAUUAUUAUUAUUUAUCGAUCGAUUCUUUAUAAAGGGAUAUGUAAAUAUAAAUAUCAUAGUUAUACCAUGAUUUCGUAUUACCACAAAAAAAUCAUGAGACGAUAACAACAUGCAAUAAAUGUUCUUUUGUUCUUCGUAUUUGAGAGCCAAAGUAUUGAAAGGAUUGUAAAUAUCAAGCAAUCAUAUAUAUAGAAACACGUUUAAUAUGAGCACUUUAGAUUACCGACCAUCUCGUGCAAAAAAAGCAUUUAAUAUUAACAUUUUAAUGUUUUCAACUAACAUAAUCACACUCAGUAUGCACAUGAAUUUACGCUAUAAGUAGAGAUUGGCACCGAAAUAAUAGAGAUACGAAUAUAAUUAAGUCGAAGAAAAUCAUUGCCGUAUAUUUCUUUAAAGUGGUUGUUAAAGAGAUCCCAAUUUUUGUUGUUGUUGUUUUAUUUUCCUUUUUUUUUUUUUUUUUUUUUUUUUUUUUAAAAUCUUGAUCAAAAAGCUUCGAAAACAAUUUUAAUUAAAUU